ACGCCCCCUCAAAGAGAGGGCGCGCGAUGUCUUCUCUUGAAACUUCGUUUUGUGGACGUAGUGGGCGAAGGCGUGCUGUGCUUUCUCCUUCAUCUGCAAUGUCUCCCAGGCUGUACAGCGCUCCCACAAGCCCGUCCUUCGGCUUUGUCCGUUCAGUGGCGAAACAUAUUAACAUCGACCUAUGUGUCAGGCAUCUGGAUUUCUCGGAAGAGCACCUCAACGACGAAUACGUGAAGUUUAAUUCCUUCCGCAAGGUACCCACUCUGGAGGAUGGUCGGUUCGUGGUUCACGAGAGCGCUGCUAUCGCCUACUACCUGCUCAGCAAGUAUGCUCCUCAGUCCCAGCUGUACCCACUGAGCCCGAGGCAGCGCAACCGUAUCGACCAAAUCAUGGUCACCAUCGCCAGCACUAUUCGACCUCAUUUUGUGGAAUUUAUCCGCCGCAUCUUCUGCGACAACAGCGAGCCCACCAUAAUGGAAAUAGCCGCGUUCGAGGAGACCGUCAUUAAAGGGCUAAAGCAUCUCGUUGGCGAAGGACCGUUCGCAACCGGUGACAACCUUACGCUCGCCGAUCUGUGCAUCAUCGCCAACCUCACUGUGGCUUUCACAAGCGGCUUUGUCGAUAUAGCCAAGUUCCCCACCUUGGUAAAUUACUACGGUCGCGUCGCGGAGGUGCUUCCAUAUUUCUCCGAAGUAUUUGGACACUCGGUAGAUUUCACUCGCCUGAGCUGGCCACAGCUCGUUCCAACUGCUUCAAUCUCUGAAGAAUCGGCAGGUGAACAGCCAAUGACAUCGAAAGAACAAGUGACGCCGGAAGACCAGGAAGAACAAAUGACGUCAGAAGAACCAAGUAAAUCGGAAGACGAGGAAGAACCAAGUAAAUCGGAAGACGAGGAAGCACCAAGUAAAUCGGAAGACGAGGAAGCACCAAGUAAAUCGGAAGACGAGGAAGAACCAAGUAAAUCGGAAGACGAGGAAGAACGAAUGACAUCCGAAUACAUGGUAGAGCCAAUGAUUGGUACAGGUAGUGUGUGAAUGUUCUGGAAUAAGCAAUCAAGCUAAUAAAACAAACUUGUCAUCUUCGA